CAAGUAAAUUUGGAGGCACGAGGGCAUCGGUGUCUUCGAUUGGAUGACUUACGGGGGCUGGGCACUAAACGGAAGUGAUGUCACGUAUGUAGUGUGACCAUGGCCGAGGACGAAGAUGCGAUAGUUCUUAGUUUUAAUGAUAGUCUCAUCCGACAAGGAGACCUCCGACUGCUAGAAGACCCAGGUUGGCUAAAUGACAAGCUCAUAGGCUUUUGUUUUGAGUACUUUGAAAGAGAACAGUUCAACCAUUCUGCUGAUCGCCUCUGUUUCAUCUCACCAUCUUUUACACAGCUACUGAAACUAUCCCCAGUUGAAGAGCUUGUUGUUUUACUAGAGCCUCUAGGCCUUCCAACCAAACAGUUUGUCUUUCUGGCUGUCAACGACAACAACUCAUGUGAUCAAGUAGGAGGAUCUCACUGGAGUCUCCUUGUGUAUGUGCGUAGCUCCCAGGAGUUCCGUCAUUACGAUUCAGCCGGUCACAGUAACGAGGCCAUUGCCAAAAAACUGGCCUACAGGCUGCAACCUCAUGUGCAUGCUCCUUACGGCAGGAUGAAGUUUGUGGAAAUGGAUUGUCCGCAACAACAGAAUGGGUAUGACUGUGGAAUGUAUGUGAUCUCAGUGUCCGAACACCUCUGUAAGGAGUUCUGUGAGUUUGCCGGCAUCCCACUAGCUGAUGCUGUGACUGUCAAUUCCAUAUCCAACAAACGAACAAGCAUCAAGGAUCUUAUUCUUACUCUUGCCAAAGAGCCUGGGAGUUGACCUCACUACACAGAGGCAGGGAUCAGUAUUUGGGGGCGCCUCAGUGUCGCUGAGGUCAAGCUGUAUGACAACGAACAAUGACUGACCCUGAAACUGGCCAUUUCCAGCAGGAGCUACAGUUGCAUUAUGGGACAAGGGAUUUAUGUUUGGAAUGUUGAGACAGUUGUUAUAUUUAAUUAUAACUGUAUAUUUUGCAGAAAAUGGGCGUAAGUAUUAUACGGCCAGGCGUUUUAUAUUUUUCAGAUUACGGACCUGCCAACACUAAUUUUUGAGAAAAUGUAAAAAAUAAAUCAGAUUCACAUUUCAUUCCCCCCCGCCGAUAGCUGCGUAGUCAGUUAUUUUAUUUGUUAUGAUCACCUUUAAAUCAAAAACAUAUGAAUUUACCGUUGUAAACUAGUAAAGAGAUACAUAAUCGAUCUUUGUUGAUCUCAAAGCCGAACAUAAAUAGCCUCCCUUGACAAUUGUCUGUGUUGUAAGUGGUAGAAAUUUUAUUGUUACAAGAGGCUUUAAUGUCACAAAUGGCGGUCUUUUGAGCACAGAAUAUGUUCAUAAAGUAUGCCAGAGGCAUUCUGCAUUAGAAAAUUUUCCCCUCCUCCAACCCUGGACUUUGGGCUGAAAAAUCCGUAAUCCUAA